AUGAAGGCCCCCAAGCUGCCAAAGCUGAAGUCCAGCAACGAUGUCAAUGCUACCAACCCCGAGACCAGCAUGGCCGAAAGCACCCUCCGAGCAUCCGUCGACGACCUUCGAAGCCCCGGCAGUAGAGACCUCCUACGACAGCACUUCACCGGUGCCUUUCCCGAAACUCAGCGGCGGACAAAUCAAGAGCGGUAUAGCGAAGAUGCUGGGUUGAAGCCGCGACAGUCAAGUUCGACUUCCAGCUUGAAUGUUGGACAGAACUCGGCAGCUCAGUCUUCAUCCUCCAGCCUGGACAAACAUGGAAUGAACAACAUGAGGCUGUCUGCAGUGGCAGAGGACCACCCUUCGCUCGAUAUUGCGCAAGCCAUCCACCUCUUGCAGGAGCUGAAGAAGAACGCGUCUCCGAGUGAUUUGGUAGCUCUGCACAAGGCGUUGCUUCCCACCAGAGACUCGUACAUGGCCAGCCCGACCAUGCCAAACAACGAGGAUCGUGCUUCUGGCAACUUCUCGACUUCCACUGUGAUCAGGCGAGGCUCCAUGCUGCCGGCCGGUCUUGCUACCAGAGGCGAUGCGUCGGAGGACCUUUUGCGGCGCCAGGAAGACGUGAAGCAGCCGAUCCGACAGAAGAAAUCCAAAACGGGCGGCGACUUCAAGACGCACCUACGACAGAAGCUGUCUCAGGGCAGUCUGGCUGCGCUGGAUCUUGCUGAUGAAGCCGGCCAGACUCUGCAUGCCAGAGCCGCUACGCCUGCAGACGACCUCUAUACGGUUGGUCAUUAUCGGCCAGGAACACUACGCAUCACCAACGGCGCCGCUUCGCCAGAACCGGGUGCACUUGUGCGCGAGCGAAUUAACUCGGAUUUGGAUGGCCUGCCCUCCAGGAGAGAAGCCCAGACUCCUCGCAAGAGCACAGAACGUGGACGUCUUGAGUUACAGCCUGUCACUACCAGAGGCAGCCAGGAUUAUGCCACAGCUCCCAGCACUCCCCGCGAGCGACCGAGCUUUGAACACCACGUGGCUGGGACUGCUGUCAUCAAUAAUGCCGAAGUCGAUACGGAACCUCCUCGCCAAACGCUCACACGCUCACAAACUGAACCUGCCGCUCCACCCUUGAGUGAACAGCCCUCCUUCGACACGCCACGCAAAGGCCGCUCGAGACACAAUUCAAGGUCGAGAGACUCACUGACACCCAGAGACUCCUCCAUUUCAGGCAUCCCGCAUCCGAAGGAACGGGACGAGUCAGUACCAAGGAUCUACAAACGACAACGGCCACACAGGGCACGCGAGCGAUCGCAAAGCGCCACACCACGAUCUCGCGAUCCUUCGUUGACCCGGAUCCCUAUGCCUAAGGAAAGCGCAGCAUCGCUACGAGGAUCUACCAUCAUGGCGCACAAAGUCUCAGAGCAGAGUCUUCUACACCCGAUCAGGCGGUCUUUCGACGAUGGCCGUGUUUCUCCUCUGCCAGAAGAGAUGCCACGGUUCGCUCACCGCUGGAGCCAUCGAGCUUCCCAGAUCUCGCAGGAGUACGUGGCAGAAUGCGAGAUCUCCGCCAGCCCGUACGGAGAGCAAGCAGCUGCCGAGCGUGAAGCUUUGCUGAAGCGACUGAGUACCGUUUUCGAUAGUGAAGAUGAGCAGGUCACCGAUAACGAAACGCCGGAGACUGCGCUGUCGCGACUUAACGGUGAUACCGUGGCUAUUAUCAAAGAUCACAUUGCGCCGCGCGAGACGUCAGAAACCAAAGAAGGCGCCAGCCCGUCUCAGCAUUUCCUACGGAACUUCCAUGCAGGACGUCCGACUCCGCAGAAGGCUGACAGCGGCUAUGGCACGGACAAUUCGCUCCAGGAGCAUCAAAGGCAGAUGCUCCAAGACGCGAGCAGACUCUACAACAACAACGCCAACCUUCGCAACGACUCAGAUGAAGCAGUAAAGAUGGACGACGACGUACAAAGCUUGUACUCGCUCAAUCAGAUUCUGAGAUCGCCGAGCCUGCUCUCGCCCGCCGCUUCUCCUUCGUCACAGACACCUGCAAGUCGUAAGCAGCGGUCCUCUCUUCUCAGACUGGUCACGUCAUCACGAGGAAACUCGAGCAAUUCGCUUCCGAUAACUCCUGUGACGGAGAAGGCGACGGAGAAGGCGCCAGACAGCACUCCAUCGGAGGUAAAGCGGAGCAAAUCCCAGAAGAAGAAGCUGCAGAAGCCGAUGCCGGACGCUGUCAAGAAAGAGCUCAAAGAGCAGAGGAAGAAGCAGAAGGAGCAGCAGGAGACGAAGAGCGCUAAUCCCAGCGAGACUUUCACACUGACCGAGCAAGCUCCUGCUGGCUCUGGACGGUUCUCGUGGGAGCCCGCGGCUGCGUCGCCUAUAUCGACACCUGGUCCAACGCAAGAACAGCAGGCGCAUCUCGAGAGUAGGCCUUCGCUUGCCGAGACUCGGAGCAAGAAGAGCUUCCAUCGUGACGAUGAUGCGGCGUUCUCAGCCAACUCUCCUAUCACGAGAAAACGGAGCAAGAGUCUUGGUCGCGAACGACAGCGCAGCAACACUGUCCGAGACACUGCGGAAGAGGACGUGGGCUCGAGCUCAAGACGGACAUCAUGGGGUUUGGCUUCGAGGAAGUCACGGAGGAGCAGUGAACACUCAGCAUCCAGGCCGACCGAUCUGGAUGUCCCACCGAUGCCGAAUUUCGCUUCUACUUCUUCGGAUGAGUCCAAGAAUGACGGAGACGAGGAAGCGCCAAUGUGGACGGACUACUCUUCAGUCUCUCGGACUCUGGGCGUCAAUCCGUACGACAUCUCGACCAACCUUAUGAGAAGAACCGUUGCACUCCCAGGUGGUGUUAAUGAAGGUCUGCAGUCACCGCACCAGAUCACCACAGCCGUCUACCGAUCAAAGAACGGUGGUCUACAAGGUAUGGACUCCGGCAUGGCUGCGGAGCUGGCGCGCCUGAAGAGCCGCGAUAUCGCCUCUUCGAACAACCAGCGUAUCGACGACCGGCCUCGUAUGGCGACGCCUAGGCUCCGUGAGAACACACGAUCCAUGAGUUCGAGCACUGCUCCUGUGCCGACGGCGGUGGUUGCAAGGCGGCCAAUGGACAGGAGAGGCAGUCUGCCGUCUGAGGCUGCCCAGCAGCAGAUCGCGGAGCUCUCAGCCCGCCCCCUGAGCGGGUAUGCGGAUAGCAUCCCGCCUAUGCCUGAGCUGCCGGCGGACGUUGCUCGUGGAGCUCCGCAGGGUACUGCACCGGUUGACAAGCAGGGCAAGGACAGUGCGCAGCCCACACCCGUCGACUCGGAGCGCAGUAGUAGUAGUGAAGAGACGCCUGGUCACUCAAGGGUGAGCGUCGCUGAUGCAGUACGGAAGACUAUGGAGCAUAAAAAGCAAGUCGGUGAAGUCUCCGAACAGAAGUGUCGUGUCCGACCUAUCGGACCGCGUCAGGAGAGUGCCACCUCGUUGCAGGCGCAGGUGCAGACGAUUCUGCGCACGCCUUCGGAUGGCUCUGCUUCUAUACAGAUUGGGCUUGGUUCGGACACUGGGGUCGAAGAGAAGCCUGCCGUCGCUGCUGUCAGCGAGGCCAACAAAGAGAGCGCUGAGGAGAGCAUUGCGGCAGACUGGAGCGCACAGGCGAAGAUCUGGAAGGAGAGGCGUAGGACGCUUGGAGAAUCGCUUGCUAAGCCGGCGACUGGCAGUGGUGAGGCCCCGAUGAGUCCCGUCUCGCCUCUCACGAGCCAGGAGGCUCUGUCGCCGUUUGUCGGCCUGUCCAGGUCCAUCACGCCUCAAGUGAAGGACUCCAGCCAAAGCAGCGCAUGGCCCCCAAAUGCUCGAACCUCUAGCGGAGAGGAGAAGGAGGUCGUGCCUGCGGCAGAGCAAGACGAUUCACGAUCACAGACUCCCCACGCCUCCUCCACCGACUUGCUCGGUCCGCAGAGCGCCCGCGCAGCGAACACCUCCCACAUCGCCCAUCAGCGACCGAUCCACCGCGAACGAAGCCCCGGUGGUCGCGUCAUCACGCCCUCGGGUAACUUCCACCCGUACACCCCAGCCGACGCCCCCUCAGCGGAGCGCUCUCGCCGCAAGAGCAUCGGCCGCCCCACCCCUCCAGCCGAUGCACCACGCCUUGAGCAAUCCCGCCCGGAGACGCUGGCCAAGCUCACCUCCUCCAGCACGACAAACUUCUACAACACAACAACGACCACAACCACAACCUCCCAAGCCAGCCGCUCCACGCAAUCCCUCGAGAUCUCCCGCGGCUCGCCAAUGCAGUCUAUGGUCCACGACAGCUCGCUCUUCGACCGCUACGCGGGCGGGAUGCAGUACGGGUACGAGAAGGGCAGUGGGUUCGGCGGGAGCGCGGGGACGCGGAGUCAUGGAAAGAGUCGGGCGGAGCGGAAGAGUCGCGAGUUGAGUGUGGGGUUUGGGGUGGAUUUGAGUGAUGUGCCGGUUUUUUUGCGGAAGGUGUAA